GGUAAAUUACAUCUGACGUUCCCGGAAGUGUUGGAUGUGCGCAGCUGUUAAUUGUCCGUGUUGCUUGCUAUUACAUUUACUGUAGGCAUGAACAUGGCUGCUCCCCUGAGUGUCGCUUCGCUCUUACAAUCGGAGGUUAUUGAAGAUGCUCUGUACAAAGAUGAAGGGCUAUGUGUCCUGGGUGUAUUUGGUAAAAGCGCAAUGCAACCCGGGUCACCAAAAGAAUCCCUUAUUAACACGCUGGCGGACAAGCACAUCUUCCCUCUCUUUGGUGGGAUCGACGAGACGGAAAUCCAGAGCGGUGGAAGUCUUAUACAGGCAUACUACAGCCAGGAAAAUCGCGUAUUGUAUUUAAUAAUGACAUCAGUGUGUGACAACCAACAGCUUCUGCGAGCUUGUGAGUCACUUAGUGCAGGAAUUGGACACUCUGAAGCGCACGAGUUCUGGAAAGGAGCAGAUAAACAGCACUGUCUGCAUCUGCUCUAUCUGUUCUCUCUUUGCCAUGUUCUUCUUCUUGUCCACCCUACGUGUUCGUUCGAUGUUUCUUAUGACAGAUUGUUCCGUGCUCUAGAUGCGUUUCGUCAAAAAGCUUUACCAUUACUGCGCGCUGCCAUCAAGGACUCUCCCAUAUCUAAAGAAUGGAAGUUGAACUGCCGCCCAUGUCCCCCACGUCUGCUCUUUGUAUUUCAAAUGAACGGAGCUAUGAGAGUUAGUGGUUCUGGUGGAAACGGCAUGGAUGCAGGUGGAAACCCAGACAAGCCGAAAAAGCACUCCCCACGUAGACGUCUUCAACACGCUCUGGAGGACCAAAUCUACCGCAUUUUCCGAAAAAGUCGAGUUCUCACUAACCAAAGCAGCAACUGCUUGUUCACUGUACCUGCAAAUCAGGCGUUUGUUUAUGUGAUACCAGGAGCAGAAGAGGACCCAGUGGGUGCUUUGCUGAGUCAAUUGCGUUCCAACUGUGCCCUGCGUGAAAAUGACACCAACACCUCUGUAUCUGGGCCAAGACGCUAUCAACAGAUGCGUCAUUCAGCAAGACAACCCUCUUUCACUGUGGAAAGCAGCAGUAUAUCACCGGGUGGUCAGUUAGUAGACUGCACUUUAAAAGAGUUCCUAUGGCAACAUGUAGAACUUGUACUUACCAAGAAAGGCUUUGAUGACAGUGUCGGUCGCAACCCACAGCCUUCGCACUUUGAACUGCCAACCUACUCCAAAUGGGCACAAGUAGCUUCUAGACUGUACCAGGUCAUGAUUGACAACACGGAAGAAGAAACCGCAGAGCUCGCAAUCAAAGUGCAGGCUCAGCUGAAAGUGCUGGAGGGGUUCCUCGAUGCAGACGCCAAGUUUUCAGAGAACAGGUGUCAAAAAGCAUUGCCAUUGGCCCACAGUGCUUACCAGUCCAACCUUCCCCACAAUUACACCACAACAGUCCACAAAAACCAGCUUGCUCUAGCCCUGAGGGUCUACAGCCAGCAUGCGCGAGGGGUCGCUUUCCAGCGCUACGCCUUGCAGCUGCACGAAGACUGCUACAAGUUCUGGAGCAACGGGCACCAGUUGUGCGAGGAGCGCAGCCUCACGGACCAACACUGUGUCCACAAGUUUCAUCUGCUUCCACAGCCAGGUGAGAAGCCUGAGAUGGACUGCAACCCUCCCGUACUCCACCACAACAGCAGGGGGCGAUCUACCAGCUCCUGCAACUGCGGCCGGAAGCAAGCGCCUCGCGAGGACCCCUUCGACAUCCAGGCUGCCAACUAUGACUUUUUUCAGAUGCUAGAGGAGAAAUGCUGUGGAAAGCUAGAGCGGAUCGAGUUCCCCGUCUUCCAACCAAGCACCCUCGACCCGGCCCCGGCAUGUGACGAUGCGCCCAUGCCCUCUGAGGGUUCUGGCCCGGCGUCAGGACCCUCGGAUGGGGAAAGGCUGAAGGAGAGGGAGCCCCCUGCUGCCGCCGCCACCACCACCACUACCACCACCACCACCCACUCCCAUACCCCAGGAGAAAGCACCAGCCUCAGCCUGGCCCUCAGCUUGGGCCAGUCCACAGAUAGCCUUGGGCCGUAUGGGGAUGGAGAGGGCAGCGAGGCCCAGGGCCCACAGAAGAGGCCCAGUCUGGUGGACCGCCAGCCCUCCACAGUAGAGUACCUACCAGGCAUGCUCCACUCAGGCUGCCCCAAGGGCUUGCUUCCCAAGUUCUCCAGCUGGUCCCUGGUCAAACUAGGCCCAGCGAAAGCCUACAACUGCCACACCGGUCUCGAACAACCCGGCUUCCUGCCUGGCUCGUCCUUCCUGCUGCCUUGGGACGUGGUGAUUCGUUCUCGGUCCGAGGAGGACGCGGGAUUGGCCGAGCCCCUGGACGGUAGCUCCUCCUCCUGGCCCGCCCCCAACAAGUCCCUGUCUGGGAAACGGGGAAGCGCCGGUGGACUGGGGCGGGGAAGACGACGAGACGACAUGGCCCGAGCCUUUGUGGGCUUCGAGUACGAGGACAGCAGAGGGCGCCGUUUCUUCAGCUCCGGGCCGGACAAGAUCGUGAAGGUGCUGGGACCGGGAGGAGCCAAGGAACCAGCGACGAGGACAUUGAAUACUGACAUGCCGCUCUAUAUACCCUCUCCUGCCCAGGGCCGGGGGCUGAAACCUCACUACGCCCAGCUGGCACGACUCUUUGUCGUGGUGCCAGACGCUCCUCUGGAGAUCACUCUCAACCCACAGGUGCAACCAGGCCCUCCUCCCUGCCCGGUGUUCCACCCUGAGCACACUGAACUUGUGCUCCCCCCUGAUGGCUUGUGGGUCUUACGGUUCCCCUACUCGUAUGUCACGGAGCGCGGCCCCUGCUACCCCCCGAAAGAGAACCAGACCCUCACCAACUACAAGGUGCUGCGGGGGGUCCUGCGCGCUAACACGGCUAGCGUCCCACAACAGUAACUCGGCUAAGCCCCGCGUGCAGCCAUCUCGCUGUUUGACAGGUUGAGUCUUUUUGUCUCCUGUUUGGUUCCUUCUCUGUGCUCUGUGAUGUCUGCUGUAGUUGCUUGGUAAC